UAAUCAAAAGCUUACUACGAAUAGGUUUACCGGAGCUCCACUUUGAAAAUAUUAAAGAUAUAAAACUUACAAAAACCUAAAAAAAACAAAAAUUGUAUAUCAAAUUCCAUUGCUUAAAGUGUGUAAAUUAAAUAUAAAAUCUUUUAAAUAUGAGAAAAUUGUAACCUGAUUUUAAUCAAUUUUCCGAUUGGCACCGAUUUUACUAAGCAAAAGCUUUGCUUAUCUCUUAAAAAUUAUUCUCACUAACGAUCGAGGUUUAGUUUUGAUCAGAGCUUGCUGAAAAUGGUUACUGGCGUUCGAGUGAUUUUCCUCAUAUUCGGGGUGUUUCCCGCGUUCUUAUCGCCCACUCGCAGCCAGCUGCUGCCGCAGGAGUGUGGCAAGCUGCGUGAGACCCAGCUCCACAACGAGAUGGAGAUCACCGCCCCGAACGAAUUCACCUGGAUUGGUCGUGUGGGCUACGGGGAGUCGAGUAAUCCGGAUACUAAAUUUCCAUGUCUGGCCGUGCUGAUCCACCAACGCUUUGCCAUCCUUCCCGCUCACUGUGUUCUUUCCGAUGAUGACUCUGGAAACAGCACAGCAGUGUUCAUUCUUUUCGGAGACUGGCGCGCCAACAGCAACUUCAAGAGGGGCGACUGCCGCCUGGAAAGGGGCUCCACCACGUGCUCUCCGCCACCGCAAGCAGUGGACAUGGAGCAGAUCUCGGUGCAUCCACAGUUCAAGUUGGGAGAACACGACUACGACAUUGCACUGGCCAAGAUGGUGCGGAACGUGGAACUUUCGGAAUUCGUGCAACCGCUGUGCUUGCCGCCCGCUCGAGAGAUCGAGGGCAACCACAUCUCCCGGCGACUGGAGAUGGCGGGAUUCGUCCAGGAGCAUUCCUGGAAUGAGGCAAAGAUCCUGGACGUGGACUGGCGGCGGAAGGUGGCGAGGCACACGACCAGCCUGGAGUUCUGCACUUCGCUGACGGAGGCUCUCGGCGAACUAACCCUAUCCCAGAACCACCUGUGUGGCAUUGAGAUAGAAGCUAAUAACCUCAUGUCUGGGUCACCGCUGAUGGACGUCGAGGUGGUGGACGGAAAGCCUCGGAACUUCUACCUGGUCGGAAUAAACACCUUUGGAACGGUUUCUGGUACCGCCUCUCCGAUUUUCAUAGACGGCUUCAUGCGCAUUUUGCCAUUUAGGAACUGGAUCUUGAAAAACAUUGAAUAUGCCGUGCCAUAGGCACUUGUUUGUAUUUUUAAUUAAUUUAAAAUAAAUAAACUGUCAAUUGUA